AUGCUUAGUUUUCAAAACAACACGCCCACUCAAAAUGGCACACUCCACCGUGGAGUCCCCUACCCAAAACGACGCCACGGAAGAAGAUUCGUCGCUGAUGUGCUGCUUCGGCAUGAUGCAGAGGGAGUUCAUCCCUGGGGUGAGGGUGCAGGCAUACCCCAUGCACCCGACAAAUACUCAGAGUGGAAGAUGCUACAGUGGAAGCCACCGGAGUUUGCGCGGGCGCCGAGAGAGUCGUCGUCGAAUGUGGCGGUGGCUCGCAAACGGCUUGGGUGA